AAUGGCUCUGAGGAGGCCAGUAUGGCUGCUGCAGAGUGCGAUGGAGUUUAGGAGUAAGGUCCUAGGAAAUGGGGUUAGGAUGACAAGAUGAAAAUCUAGGUUGACUAAAGGUCAUAUGGAGGACAUGUGGCCACAGGGCAUAUUUAAUCUAUACAUUUAUCACAUGCAAAUGGCGAGGGGGCCUUAGGGCACUGUUAGGAUCUUGUCUUUUAAUGAAAUGGGCAGCUUGGAGGAUUUGCAGGUUCCUGACGUUAUAAGCAGCAUAAGGCAGUUAUCGAAAGCUGCCAUGAAAGAGGAUGCCAAAGCCAGCAAAGACAACGAGGACGCCUUUUACAACUCUCAGAAGUUCGAGGUCUUGUACUGCGGAAAGGUGACCGUGACCCACAAGAAGGCCCCGUCGAGCCUCAUCGACGACUGCAUCGAGAAGUUCAGCCUGCACGAGCAGCAGCGCCUGAAGAGCCAGGGCGAGCAGCGCGGCGGCGCGGAGGCGGGCGAUGACCCGGUGGUCUUCGAGGCCGCAGCCUCAGAAGUCCUGGCGGAGGAAGGGGAUGGCCUCCCCAGCAUCCAGCCUGCCUUCGCAGCCGCGGCCGGCCAGCCUGGGCUGCCCAGCUCUCGAGUUGGCUUCCCGGAGCGGAUUUUGGAAGAUUGUGGCUUUGACGAACAGCAGGAGUUCCGGUCUCGGUGCAGCAGUGUCACUGGCGUCUUACAAAGGAAGGUUCAGGAGAACAGCCAAAAACCACAGCCGCGAAGGAGACACGCCAGCGCGCCGAGUCACGUACAGCCCUCGGAUUCGGAGAAGAAUAGGACGAUGCUGUUCCAGGUUGGGCGGUUUGAGAUUAACCUUAUCAGUCCAGACACUAAAUCAGUUGUGCUUGAAAAGAAUUUUAAAGAUAUCUCUUCUUGUUCUCAGGGUAUAAAGCAUGUUGAUCACUUUGGCUUUAUCUGUCGGGAGUCACCGGAGCCUGGGCUGAGCCAGUAUAUCUGUUAUGUGUUCCAGUGUGCCAGUGAAUCCUUGGUGGAUGAGGUAAUGCUGACUCUGAAGCAGGCUUUCAGCACAGCAGCUGCCCUGCAGAGUGCCAAGACCCAGAUCAAGCUGUGCGAGGCCUGCCCCAUGCACUCUCUGCAUAAGCUCUGUGAGAGGGUUGAAGGUCUCUACCCUCCACGAGCCAAGCUGGUAAUACAGAGGCAUCUCUCUUCACUGACAGAUAAUGAGCAAGCAGACAUCUUUGAGCGCGUCCAGAAAAUGAAGCCAGUCAGCGACCAGGAAGAGAAUGAACUUGUGAUUUUACAUUUGAGGCAGCUGUGUGAGGCCAAGCAGAGGACACACAUUCACAUUGGAGAAGGCCCAUCGACAAUUUCAAAUAGUACCAUCCCGGAAAAUGCAACAAGCAGUGGAAGGUUCAAACUUGACAUUCUGAAAAAUAAAGCUAAGAGAUCUUUAACUAGCUCCCUGGAAAAUAUCUUCUCAAGGGGAGCUAACAGAAUGAGAGGCCGGCUUGGAAGUAUGGAUAGCUUUGAACGGUCCAACAGUCUUGCUUCAGAGAAGGACUAUUCACCGGGAGACUCUCCACCAGGGACACCACCAUCCUCCCCACUGUCCUCAGCUUGGCAGACAUUCCCUGAAGAGGAUUCUGACUCCCCACAGUUUCGAAGACGGGCACACACGUUCAGCCACCCACCUUCAAGCACAAAGAGAAAGCUGAAUUUACAGGAUGGGAGAGCUCACGGUGUUCGCUCCCCUCUUCUGAGGCAGAGCUCCAGCGAACAGUGCAGCAUUCUUCCAUCAGUUCGGCGCAUGCCCAAGGAGAGUAAUUCUUCCUCCAGUCUUCCAAGUCUUCACACUUCCUUCUCUGCCCCUUCCUUCACUGCCCCCUCUUUCCUGAAAAGCUUUUACCAGAAUUCAGGUAGACUGUCCCCACAGUAUGAAAAUGAAAUCAGACAGGACACUGCUUCAGAAUCAAGUGAUGGAGAGGGGAGAAAAAGGACCUCGUCUACUUGCAGCAAUGAAUCCCUAAACGCUGGAGGCACUCCCGUCACCCCUCGUCGAAUCUCCUGGAGGCAGCGCAUUUUCCUCAGGGUUGCUUCUCCCAUGAACAAAUCUCCCUCAGCAAUGCAGCAGGAUGGACUGGACAGGAACGAGCUGCUGCCACUGUCCCCUCUUGCUCCAACCAUGGAGGAGGAACCACUGGUUAUAUUCAUGUCUGGUGAAGAUGAUGAUCCAGAGAAGGCUGAAGAAAGAAAGAAGUCAGAAGAACUGAGGAGUUUGUGGAGAAAAGCAAUACAUCAACAAAUCUUGUUGCUUCGAAUGGAGAAAGAAAACCAGAAACUUGAAGCAAGCAGAGAUGAACUCCAGUCCAGAAAAGUUAAACUGGACUAUGAAGAAGUUGGUGUGUGUCAGAAGGAGGUCUUACUAACCUGGGAUAAGAAGUUGUUGAACUGCAGAGCUAAAAUCAGAAGCGAUAUGGAAGACAUUCAUAUUUGUCUUAAAGAAGGUGUUCCCAAAAGUCGACGAGGAGAAAUUUGGCAGUUCCUAGCUUUACAAUACCGUCUCAGGCACAGAUUGCCCAAUAAACAACAGCCUCCUGACGUUUCCUAUAAGGAACUUUUAAAGCAGCUCACUGCUCAGCAGCAUGCCAUUCUUGUGGAUUUGGGAAGGACAUUUCCUACUCACCCUUAUUUUUCAGCACAGCUUGGGGCAGGGCAGCUCUCACUCUUUAACCUCUUGAAAGCCUACUCAUUGCUGGACAAAGAAGUGGGUUACUGUCAGGGGAUCAGCUUUGUGGCUGGAGUCCUGCUUCUGCACAUGAGCGAAGAGCAAGCCUUUGAGAUGCUGAAAUUCCUCAUGUAUGACCAGGGCUUCCGCAAACAGUACAGACCUGACAUGAUGUCGCUGCAGAUUCAAAUGUACCAGUUGUCCAGGCUCCUUCAUGACUAUCACAGAGAUCUCUACAAUCAUCUUGAAGAAAAUGAAAUCAGCCCCAGUCUUUAUGCUGCCCCCUGGUUCCUCACAUUGUUUGCCUCUCAGUUUCCACUAGGAUUUGUAGCCAGAGUUUUUGAUAUUAUUUUUCUUCAGGGAACUGAAGUUAUAUUUAAGGUUGCGCUUAGUCUGCUGAGCAGCCAGGAGACACUUAUAAUGGAAUGUGAGAACUUUGAAAGUAUUGUCGAGUUUCUUAAAACCACGCUACCUGAUAUGAAUACAUCUGAAAUGGAAAAAAUUAUUACCCAGGUUUUUGAGAUGGACAUUUCUAAACAGUUACAUGCAUAUGAGGUGGAAUACCACGUGCUGCAGGAUGAGCUUCAGGAAUCCUCAUACGCCUGUGAGGAUAGUGAACCUUUGGAAAAGCUGGAGAGGGCCAAUAACCAACUGAAAAGACAAAACAUGGACCUCCUAGAAAAGUUGCAGUUAGCCCAUGCUAAAAUCCAGACCUUGGAAUCCAAUCUGGAAAACCUUUUGACCAGAGAGACCAAAAUGAAGUCUUUAAUCCGGACUCUGGAACAAGAGAAAAUGGCUUAUCAAAAGACAGUGGAGCAGAUCCGGAAGCUGCUGCCCACCGAUGCGCUCGCCAAUUGUGAAUUUCUGCUGAGGGACCUCAACUGCAACCCUAACAACAAAGCCAAGACAGGAAACAAGCCAUAACUGAAGAAGUGCCCUCUCAGCAGAACAUGCUCUCAGAACGGAGAGGAAGGGAAGAGUCUGUGUGCUGCUGGCCCAGCGCUGGACACCAGAGCUGACAGAACCACUUGAGUCUGGUGCUGUGCCUGUGUCCUAGCUGGUGGACCUCGGUCUUACUAGAGUACGCCAAUCCUAAGCCAUUGUACAUAUGUAGACUGGUUUUUUCUGUUGUUGUUGUUGACUAUGUACAUAUAUAUAAAAUGGACACAAACAGUUCAUGCUUUCAGAUCAAAAGAGUAGAUGUAUAUUUAGUGAAUUUUUUUAAAUCAGAACUUCAUGAAACCCCCACCAAAGGGAAGUUAAAAUGAAAUUCCCCUUGGACAUAUGUGAAAUCAUUUUGUCUUUGUAGUGAAACAAAGCUUAGAGCAUCUUUGUAUAUUGAAAUAUACUUGAAAAAAAUGAAUGUAUUUUUUUCUCCAAAGAGCAGCAUGUUUCACUCAGUGGUGGAGAGGUAGAAACAUUUGUGUAACUUUAUGUAUAUCUGUCUUAAAAUCUACUGACAUUAUGUAUAUCUGAUUGCCAAUCAUGCUCCUAUGGAUUUUUCAGGAAGGUGGGGGCCUUCCUCCCCUGCCAGCUUUGUGCCAACUAGCAUGUUGUGUCUACAUGCAUUUUGAGUCAGGCGAGGCAUUACUUUGGAUGUGUGUUAAGGAGAAAGCAAGACAUCAUAGUGGAGUCUACCCACCCAGCUCAAGGUGAAAAAGAAUGUUGCUAGUUUUCUAGCAAAUUAGACCAGCAUUAUUACUCAAACUAAAAAUAUCAGGCUUCCAAAAUUUAAUUUAGGACCUAAAUUGUCUAGAUCAACUUUCUACUUUUUUAAUUUAAAUUACUGCUUAUAGUUGUGAAUGGACUCCCUUUUACUUGGUGCCACAAUUGGUGACAAGGAUUUGGCAUUUUCCCACAAAUGGGAACUCCUAAUUUAGUUCUCUCUACCUGCAGUGAAAGAUAUGGAAAUGCGAUUAUAAUUGGUUUUCUAAAGAUAAUAUGCUGUAUUGACACAUUUUUUUUUUUUUAGCAUUUAUUUACUUUUGAGACAGAGAGAGACAGAGCAUGAACGGGGGAGGGUCAGAGAGAGGGAGACACAGAAUCCGAAACAGGCUCCAGGCUCUGAGCUGUCAGCACAGAGCCCGACGCGGGGCUCGAACUCACGGACCGCGAGAUCAUGACCUGAGCCAAAGUCGGCCGCUUAACCGAUUGAGCCACCCAGGAGCCCGUAUAUUGACACAUUUUUUAUUGUUGUUGCCAACGGACAGAAUCUAAUCUCUUGAUCAUCUUUCCCUUGUAUGUGACAGUUUGGGGGAAUUGUGAAAUGUUUGAGAAUAAACUGUUGAAAGCCACUGGAGAGAAGUGACAAGUGGCACCAGGCCCUAAGAUCUACAAUUCUGCAUUUGAACUCCCAGCUUCCUCAGGCUACAGCUUAAUAGAGGACAUUCAUGCAUGUUGGGUAUAUGGAAGCAAAGUAAUUUUCAGAGCACACCUGCAGUUCUCCAUUUGAGAUGAGUCUAUGAUAGUGCCUCUGAAAGUUGAUGCAGCAUUUUUGCCUCUCCAAACAAUAUUUAUCAUCACUGCUUUUUGCAGUACUUAUCACAGGUGGAUUAUCUAGGAUAAUUUUCUUCAGAGGGUUUUUUUUUUAUACACAAGCUACAGUAUAUUAUAGAGUAGAGAAAGAGCAAAGCUCUCGAGGUUUGGGAAAACCUUGAAGAGCAGAUGAUAAACAUCUGAACCCCCUGCCUUUACACCAUUACUUAGUAUAAAUGUAAUGAUUCCUGUUACAGAUCAGCAUGCCCUCUAAUCCAGGCAGUUUUUCUAAAAAAGAAAAUAAAGUCUUAUUAGGAAAGUUAACGCAGUUUCUAGUUUUAGGAAAUGUUGAUUCUAGGUACCCUAUUAAGUUGGGGUUUUCAGCUGAUUUGUUUCUUGGAUUCCCCCAAAUUUCUCUAUUUGUAGGUGAGGUUUUUCCUGUGAGGAAUAUGACAGAUAUCAUCUAGUUACUGUCUGGUGAUGGAAAUUACCUUAUGUGUGUUAUAUACAGGUGGUAGCCAAAGAAUCUUUAAAUUGGGAAAAGAAACUUUUCCUUUCAGUUCAAAGUUAAUUUUACUCUGGAUACUCAGAGUGUCAUGAGUUGUAUUAUGUAUGGUGUUCAGAGAUUUAGGUGUCUUGGAUACAGUAUUUUUUCUGAAAAUGAACUUUCUUUUUCUUUUGUGAUUUUUUAAAUGUUGCACCAGUUAUGCUUUAUGUAUUGUUACAUCUUCAUCCGAUUAAUGUAAUGUCUAGUUCAUUUCCAAUAAAUACAUUGCUACAGUU